AUGCAGCGAAUGUUGAUUAGAAGUUACUGUAAUGUACUCAGUCAGCGAAGUGACUGGAGCAGCACGGGGAAGGUUGUGUACUGUGUAGUUCUGUGUGUACUUAUUUAUUUAAUAAAUGCAUACUAUAAAAUUAUAGACUGUUCGUAUUUGCAUACUUUUGUACAGUAGGUACUCGUAAUACAUCCGCGGGGGCUUUGGAGCUCGUGCUGAAGUGAUAUACCUUAUACCUGCAGUUCUUUGUUGCACCACUGGGAAAACGGAGGACUUCCAGCCGCAGCCAGUCGUUCUUCGACGUUUUCCCUGAUGGCACACCAGCAAACCAGUGGUCCUUCGCCAAGCUGAUACCUUUGCUACGAAAGCUUAUGCCAGCCAUAUUUAAUGAUCUGAUUAAUGUUUGGGAAAAUCCGAAUGCGGCCUUGAACCCAGCAAAAGAUCUCAUCCAAGACUACGUUCCCCCGAUGAUAACUCAGCUCAUCCAGGAACAUGCCCCGAGCUUGGUUGCAGAAGCGACUCUGGAAAAUCAGCGACCUAAAUCUCAGCUCAGCUCAGUGGAAGCCCAGCUAGCGGAAAGUCGGAAGAAGUAUGAUGAGCUUGCUUCCAUUGUGCGAAUAACCUCAGUAACGAAGUCAAAGCCAUGAAAGGUAUCCAAGCAGCAUCCUCCUCGGACACCGUCGAAGUUGGUCGAUUAGCGCUUCAGCCCAAAGGGUUUCGAUCGACCACGAUGACGCCUGUCAAGGAUCCUGUUUUCGAAAGCUUUGACGAAAGUUUCCCCUCACCCUCACUUGGAAGUCAACAAACCCAGUUGUCAACCCCAGAGAUUCCUGUGGUCCCUCCGUGUUUUGAUAGUCCUUCUCUGAAUUCGUCAAAUACGCGGAACUCAUGGUCGACAGUAGCGAAGAAGAAACUGGUUCGCGGUGCGCGCAGUGUCGGUUCGGCCUCCAGCGAAGACAUCGUAAUGUCAGCACUGCAGACGAAACGUUCCCUCAAGACAGACAAAGAGAAAGAGAAAAAGGACUUCUGUCUGCAUGGCAUCCCCCCUCUGGAGCAGACCAACCAUUCGUCACUAGAUGAUUACAGCAAAGAUUUCAAACGCGUCAUUGAAUCAAACGGGAUCUCUGUUAGAUUUGUGUCUAUCUAUUCUGCUAAAAGGGCCGCAAGAAUCUCUUUGCGCGUGUUGGUUCAUUUGCUCACGAAUCGGAUAAGAUGUUUGCCCCUGAAAACUGGCCCCCUAACAUUGGGGUGCGUGAGUGGAUGUUUGCCCCCAAGGAGGGUCAGCAGUCUGUUUUACUGUUUAAAUUUUCAAUCAUUUUAAUUAGUUUCUACCAGCGCAAGCUUAUUGUUAUGUGAACUGGCCAUUGCCGAAUUAAACAUCCAGUAAUUAACAUCGACACUUUUCGGUGGGAAGUGGGUAACGGCAGCCAACUGCAGUGAAAGAUUGAAAUCGUCUUGGUGCACCGUGGAUCCGACCGGCUCCGAUUCGCGUAGUUUCUUGGGAAUCACUACUUGUACAAGCCCGUCCGGAUAAUGAGCACGUAAAGGCUUGUACUACAACUCUUUUAAUGGAAAGGGAGAGCGGAAUGAGGGUCUUCUAGCUAUGGACACCCGGUCUAGGUCCGACUAACAUCCACGGUGCCGCGGGAAUGGACGCCGCCACGGCCGCCCCCUGCCGGCAUCUGCACCACCGGGACGAUCCGCCUCCCGAAUGCCGUCGACUGGGCCGCAGUGUGGCCCGCGCCAACACCGUUGUACUGCAGCAUCCACAGCAUGAGGACGUGUGGUGUGUGGGCUUCGUGGAGGACGUGUCGGAUGCGGGCGACGAGCUGUACAUCAGCUUCCACUGCGACACACUGCCAGCGCGCUGGAUUGCCGCGCACCGGCUGUACGAGCACCCGUUGUGGCAUGCUGGCUGCGGUGAUCGCGUCCACGUUGCGCUGCGCGCCAACCGCCACGAGCCGCUGGUGUGGGAAGCGGCGAUCGUGGUGGAUCGCACCGCUGUCAGCGCCCAUCCGGGCGCUCUAUGGCACGUGGAGACCAGUGUCGGCCGCUCGCGGCACUUGAUCCAUGUGUUACAGUUGCUGCUUGAUCAGCCAGUGCGUACGCUGGGCGGGGCCUCCCGCCGAGACGGCGCCUACGUACGGUACCGGGUGCCGCUGCCCGUGCCGGCGGCCCAUGCCGACCGCGUUAACGCCGUCGACGAGAACCGUGUGUACUACGAAAUCAGACGUGCACGCCGCGAUUUACAGCGCACUGGCGACUGGUGUCUUAACUCGGGCAAUGGCUACUCUGAACGCUUCUUUUUCCGUCUGGAGAGGAACAGCGCAUUAUUCGUCUGCUGGGAAUACGAGGAACGGCUGGAUGACCGGUAUCACUGGACGGAGCAAGUUUUGGCUGACUGUGUUCAGCGAUGCUUUGAGUGCGGCGCACUGGCGGUUGUCCUACCCAUAGAGGCCGACAACAACUGGCUGCGGCCAAGAGAUAUCGGCCAGGACACGCAACCAUGCAUCACCGAUCUGCCGGGAGAAAUACUCCGGGAUGUGCUGGAUUGUGUGGAUGUCUGCAGCCAAGCUGCACUUCGGAGAGCCAGCCCGGUGUGGGAGGCGGUGUGGACGCACUUCAGCCCGGCGGCCAUCAUCCUGGACCAGAGCCGGCACGUGGCCAGCGUUAACCACUACGACGACAUGUACCGUCUCGCCGUGCUCUUGCGCCACACACUGCGGCCGGCGGUGCGAACCCUGGCCGUCACCCGCUGGCGGCCGGGUCUGCGCGCCACCCACUGCUUCGACCGCCGCCCGGGGAGCGCGGAGAGGGAUGUUAGUGUGAUCGGCUUCGUAACACGCGCUGUCCAUUCCCCACCGAGCGGGAAACUGCAGCGCAUCGUGCUACAUCAAUGCAUCACCAACUGGGAAUUUCGCUGCUAUUAUUUCCGGCCCAUGCGCUGCUUAUCGCCGCUGCUCGACGUCUGCCAUCAACUGGUCCUGGUUGACUACGUCAUGAACGAUUUCUGGGGGGGUUUUCCCCUGGUGCCGCACGACCGACCGCCCCGGGUGCCGCUGGCGCUGCCGUUGGUGCGCUUUGACGGCGCCCGGACGGACACGGUCCACUUCAGUACCAUGCGGGCCGCCAUGGAGGCCGCGGUGCCGGAUGUGUCGGCCGACAUGCGGGACUGCGUGGCGUCCAUGCUGGCCAGCUGGGCCACACUCAGUCCGUUCUACGCCCAGUUCCUCCGCUUACUGCUGCACUACACUGAACCCAAGGAUCCCCACUCCUGGACCUGGACGUCCAUCGACUUCGUGCCGCAGGAGGACGAGGCUCAGCUCCAGCAGCUUUACCAGGUGCCAGUGCGGACCUAUUGCAAGUUGACGGUGUAUGUUCUCUUAGCACUGGCGCGCCACCGCGUCACUGGCUCACUGUGAGGCCUGCUACAUUUCCAGCUACUUAAUCAAGUCUGACCGUUGAGGAGCUUAGAGAAACGUUCUCGCUGCUGUUCGUCCUACCACGCCGUUGAUUGCAUUUGUAUCUUGCACACAUUAAACCCCAAUACUGUAAUCCGCGAUAGCAGCUACUGUCUUGUGUAUGCGAAUACAGAGUACAACUGCAGUUUUGUAAGCAACGUACAUUUCUGGGCUCAAUAUCAAUGCCCCGUGUCAGCUCGCAACGGUUACAGUAAGAGGCUGUUGCGGUUGUGGCUAUGCUGGUGAGCUGAUCCGUGGGAUGAUGUUGACCUUUGACCUUACUGUCAUGUAUUAGGAAAUGCGACGUUCACCCUAGACUGCUGGUACACUGCCACUUCGGCCACCUGACACUUAGUCCACCGUACAUCUUGGCCUCUCACGCUUCUCUGUUUUUCUUAGAUUUUCUUAGGUUUCUUAGGAUUGUCGGUCUUUGUCUGUUUUCCUUGAAAUAAUUAUUGAUGGUGG